GGGAAUUGGCUAAUCCGUAGGUGGGAAUGAGUCCCUUGGCCUUAUAAAAGCGUUGGAGGUGUCAUCAUCUUUACCGAUGAACGCUGGGCCAAACUUUAAGACUGAAAAAUGGAAACCCUCACAAAUAUAUUCUCUGUACUACAGCUCGAUGCUGAAGAUGAUCAGCUGCAAUCACCCUCGCCUUCUUCCACUUCUCGCAAUUCAGGUCAAACCAAACAAAAAGAAAAAAGUUGUAGUGAUGCCAAGCUAGUAAAAAUUGAGAAAAAAAAUAAAGAAAAUUCUGUGAAUCGUUUGGAGUACAAAAUGCCUCUUGUGUGGAUUGACUUGGAAAUGACUGGUUUGAACAUUGAAGUUGAUCGAAUACUGGAGAUUGCUUGCAUAAUUACAGAUGGAAAAUUGACAAAAUCAGUGGAGGGUCCUGAUUUGGUUAUCCAUCAAAGUAAAGAGUGUUUGGACAGCAUGGGGGAGUGGUGUCACAGUCACCACAAAGCUAGUGGGUUGACACAAAAAGUGCUACUAAGUACCCUGAGUGAAAGAGAAGCUGAAGAGCAGGUAAUAGAAUUUGUUAAUAGAAAUGUUGGUACAUACACUCCUCUUUUAGCGGGGAAUUCAGUGUAUGUGGAUUUUCUAUUUUUAAAGAAAUACAUGCCUGAUUUGGCUAGUCUCUUUUCUCAUGUACUUGUUGAUGUUAGCAGUGUCAAGGCUCUAUGCGUUCGCUGGUAUCCUAGAGAAAACAGGAAAGCCCCAUCAAAAGAGAAUAAACAUAGAGCUUUGGAUGAUAUUAGAGAAAGCAUCGCGGAACUCAAAUACUAUAAGGAGAGCAUAUUUAGAUCAAAGUCAAAGAAGUAAAACACAACCCUAGUAGAUGUGUGGGAAGCGGUUCACUUGUGAGUGAACUGAAUGUGGGCGUGCAGAAAUUCAUUGGCAGUGGUGAUUGAAUAAUUGACAGAGUCAUACGACGACGUAGAUGGGUUCAAUAAUUCAAUAAGUCAUGCGGUGUCGUUUAUCGUUUAUGGAUUUAUAAAUACGAUGUCGUAGCAAUUGUCCAUGUAAAUAAAGAGGGAGCUUUGUACUACAAACAUUGCUUAAAUGGAAAAUGAAAAACGUGUGACUGUCUUUUCUUCCA